GCAAAACAAGAUGGACGGCCUUCACAAUGAGACCCGACAACACAUCGAUGUCAGUGGCUGCGCGGAUGGCACAGCGUACAAGUAAGUCGAGCCCACCACCCGAUGAGCUGGAUUAUAUAAUGUACAUGGACGGAAUGGAAACCACCGAGUUGCAUCUUGUAAGGGACUACUUUACAGGUCUACCUAGCGUAGUGAUACAGGACAGAAACGGGAAUACAGUAAAUACAGCAAAUACUCAACGUGAAGAUAAACAAGAAGUUGCAUUUUACACAGACGCCAAUGGACAUGGGUCAUUCGCUUGUAUACCACAUACGACUGCCAAAGGGUCCGUCUUUUGUGAAUUGGCCGCUCUGUUGGACAUUGGUGAAGAAACGUGCUACAUCGGUACGGGGAGACACGACGCCGAGUGCACGCAUACCGACAAAGGGGAACUCAAAUAUUUUGACAUGCCGCCAGAGGGCAAACAUCAAUGGACACCUGCUGGAAAAGCGACGGUCAGCAAAAGGGACAGGCUAAAGCGGUCAUCUCGAUCGAAGGUUUCACGAUCGAAAGUCUCAGAUCCGAACACACUACAUGACCGUAUGAAACGCUAUGUUUUACCGGAGCCCGGCCAUAAAACCGUAGAGAUAGCGUUUAUGCUCGACCAAACUUUAUUGAAUAAGUUUCACCAACAGUAUCCAAAAGACCCGGUUGCAGCCGAAAAUGAGGCAAGAAUAUUUGCGACACUGCUCACAGCAGAGAUGAACGUUUAUCUAUCUACAAUAUACGAAGUAUCUGAUGGAUCUAUAGAUAUCUAUGCAUAUCCGGCAGACAUCAUUUUUCCAGAGAAAGGGUAUGAUUACCUUUGGGCGAUAAAUCAUAAGGAUGGCAAAACGUUACGUGCUGACAAGGACUUUGACACUAAACUACGGGAAACAGUUAAUGCUGGACUUAGCAAGAAACAAUGGGAUCAUAUGAUGGUGCUAACAGGACUAGACUUGUAUGACGUGGAAGAUCAGUCCAGUUCAUUGCUAGGAUACGCAUACAGAAGUACCAUGUGUUAUCCGUCCUGGCAUUAUUAUUCUUACUAUAAAUACUCAAUCAACGAGGUGACGUCAUACAACAUCGGAAGGAUCGCUGCGCACGAACUCGGGCAUGCCAUGGGAAUGCAGCACGACGACAACGACGAGUGCCCUAGAGAUAAAUAUGUCAUGUCGCCAUCUAUAUUUAACCCUACCUCUAAAACGCUGGAUACAUUUUUUAAAUUUUCAAAAUGUAGCAUUGAAAACAUGAAGUCUCAUCUCGAUGGAUCAAAUAAUUUACCGAAAUGCACCACAGAUAAUAGUUUUACCCAGUCUCAGUUUGAAGACUAUUUCUGUUCCGGUUUACCCGGGUCACAGGCCGGUAGUUUAGAUCUUCAGUGCCAAAGGGUUACGGGUUGGAGUGGAAGUACAGCCUGCAGUACACCUGAAAGUGAUAUAGAUUGCUAUGCUAGAUAUCGCAUUAGGUGUAAAGUUGAAGGCGGAAAAUGUGAGGCCUAUCUAAAAUAUGUGUGGAACGGUACUCCAUGUGGAUCAGACAAGGUGUGUUACCAAGGAAAAUGUACGGCUAAAUUCGCUAUAUGUGACGUCACUACGUCGACGUCAACGAGUACCAGCACAAUGACAUCAUCGACGACGGAAUCAACAACGACGCAUAUCAUCACAACGGACGAUAGACCGGUUAAAAAGCCGACGGUUAAGGCUCCAUGUACUUGUUGUGGCUACAAAAAAGUGAAUCGAAGAAAGCAGUGCUGUAAAAGAGGGCGAAAUAAACACAAAUCAAAAUCGUGCUAUUGCUGUAGAGAGCUUAUUAAUGUUAAACCACCCAAAGGCUUUAAAGGCCCAACAUAUUGAUGAAUUUAUCGACUAUAACAACCUAUAUAUUACACAAUGGAUUUUGAAAAAUCCCUAGGGGAACUGUUAAAUUAUACAAUUUUAAAUUGUUUUGAAGUUAAUAUUUAUAGACAUCAUUAUUGCAAAUUUCAUCAUUAAAUAUCUUUCAAUUUUAAUCUUUCAGAUAUUUCAUCAUAAAGGACUUUUUGGAAACAAAAUGAUUUUGAAAUCAUAUAUGUACACGUUAAACCGAAUUCAAGAAAGCACACUAUCCCACAGACCCUUUUACUGUAUAAUAAUACAUCUUGAUGAGUUCUGUUACAGCUCUUGUUACAUUCUAUAGAACGCGACUCUUGUUGGUGUGAUAAACAUGUUGAAAAUUUACAUGUUAAAAUAUUACAACUUUGUUAUACUACUAAGCUUUGAAUUUUUUUCUUUGGUGUUUUAGACAUGUAUACACUGUGUACUUACAAAAACAUUCCAUUUUCUUGGUGCA